AGUUAUGAGACGGCAAAGUAACUACAAUUAAAAAUUUACGCAAAAUAAUUAAUGAAAUGCAACCUUUUUUCAUCAAUCUGUACCUAUUUUUGCUGUAUAUGGUAUUAGCAGUAUCUUCAGAAAAUUACUAUUCCAUAAAUGCUCCGGGUGUUAUUAAAUCGAAUCACAAAUAUUCAGUUAUUGUUACACUCCACGAAGCAAGUGGUCCUUGUUCGAUACGAGUAGGUGUUGAUGGACCAGGAUUUAAAGAAUAUCAAGAUGUUAACUUGGAACCAUUUGAAUCUAAAUUGUUGAAUUUUAUGCCGAAAAGAAUCUCAAGUGGAGAUUAUACCUUAAGUGCUGAAGGUUUAUCUGAUUGCAGUUUUAAAAAUUCAAGUCGUUUACACGUUGACACAAGUUAUGGUCCAAAAAUUUUCAUACAAACUGAUAAGGGCAUCUAUAAACCUCAAGAUGUGGUUAAUUUUCGUAUUGUAAUUUUGGAUGAACAUACGAGACCGUUAAAUAUUACAGAACCUGUUCAUGUAGAGAUAUUGGAUGAUGAAAAUAAUCGUGUUAAACAGUUUCGAAACGUCUCUCUUAAGACAGGAGUUUAUACCGGCAAAUUAAAGUUGUCCAAAUAUCCAGUUUUAGGAACUUGGUCAAUAAAAGUGGUUCUAUGUGGAAGUUAUGAUUACUCAAGUUUCAAAUAUAUUCAAAUAGAUAACUAUGUUCUACCAAAAUUCAGCGUAUAUCUGAAAACACCUUCGCAUGUUAUUCUGCAAGAUGGUUACAUUAAGGUAGUUAUUUUUGGAAAAUAUACAUUUUAUAAACAUGUCGAAGGCAAUGCCACAGUAGAGUUAUGGCAUGAAAAAGUUAAAUUACAAACCAAACAUAUUGAUAUAGAACAUUUAGGUUUUGUUGAGUUUAAUAUAAAGAACGAAACCACCAUUAAUAAUGCAAAACGACUAAAAGUCAAGGCGAAAUUAAGCGAAAAAAGCACGAGUAGAACUGAAUCAAAUUAUCAAUAUAUUUAUUUACAUCAGCAACGUUAUAAUUUGCAAAUACCAGACAAUGAUAUUGAAUUUGAAAAUAAUAAACCUUAUAGACUGAAGGUUUUGGUUAAACAUUGGACGGGAGCAGCUGUAUUGGACCAUAAGACUCCCAUAACCAUGGAACAUGGCAAUAAAACUUAUGAAUCAUUUUUAGAUGAAAAUGGAGCAGCAAUAUUUGAGUUUGAACAUGAUGCAAAUGACGAUCACAGAUUUCAGUUUAAAGAUACCAAAGUAAUGUUGCCUAAUAUUUAUUCAAAUGAAAAUUUAAUGUUGAAUAAUAGGGAAUACUACUGUCGCUUGAGAUUGGUGGAUGAAAAAUUAAAACUUGGAAAACCGGUACUUAUUGAAGUCAGCUCAAUUAUCAGUAUACCUUAUUUGACAUAUAUAAUAAUGGGUCAUGCCAGUAUAAUAAAUAUGGAACAUAUUAAAUUACCACCAAAUCAAAAGUCUUAUGUUAUAAAUAUAACAGCUUCAAUUGACAUGAUACCCGAUUCCUUUGUCUAUGUGUAUUACGUUCAUAAAAACAAUUUACGUUAUGAAGAAAUACAUUUAAAUUUUCCCCAUGAAUUUGAAAAUCAGAUCACAUUGUCAGCACCCAAACAAGUUAAACCGGGCGAAGAGGUAACAAUUUCUAUAAAUGCCCAACCCAAGUCGUAUGUUAGUUUAUUGGCGGUGGAUUUGGGUAUAUCUGUUUUGGAUAAAACAUAUGAUUUAAAUAAAGGUGAAAUAAUAAAACACUUGGUCAGUGUAAGGUCAUAUUCUCCAAUAGCUGCCUCAGUCUAUCCCGGAAUAAUGUCAGGUCUGGUGACUUUAACAAAUGCUCAUUAUACAUUUCAACGUUUAAGUGAUGGAGGGCGUGCCAAAACUUUUCUCCAGACUAUGUAUAAGUACCGUGAACAUUUUCCUGAAACGUGGAUAUUUAAUGAGUUAGUAAUUAAUGAAACUGACACCAAAUUAACUCUACCAAUACCCGAAGCUAUAACAACUUGGCGUAUAACGGCAUUUUCAAAUAACGAUGUAACAGGAUUCGCUAUAGUAGAUGCGCCUACCGAUAUCACUACCAUACAAUCCUUCUUCAUAACAUUAAAUCUUCCAUAUUCAGUGAAACGUGGUGGUACGGUACCCAUAACAAUAUUCAAUUAUUCUAACCAGACCCUAUACACCGAAGUAGUGCUACAUAAUAACGAUCAAGAAUUCUAUUUCAUUGACUCGGAAAUGCUAGGCGUAAAAGAAUCAAAUGAUAGCCAACGCAAAAUUGAACAAAUUAGUGUACCGAAAGAUAAGGCCAAAACGGUAAAAUUUCUUAUAUACCUAACAAAAGUGGGUGAUGUUAGUUUAAAAGCUACUGCCUCAAAUUCCUUGUACACAGAUGCCAUUCAACAGAACUUAAAGUGGAACCGGAAGGUGUGUCCAAACAAAAAAAUCAGGCUCUAUACUUAAGUAUUCCAGC